AUGGGACAACACUUCACUAAUGAGGAUGGAGAACAAACUGAGAUUGAUGUGGCUGAACUGCAAGAAUGGUAUAAAAAGUUUGUUGUGGAGUGUCCGAGUGGGACACUCUUCAUGCAUGAAUUCAAACGCUUCUUUGGAGUAAACAACGAUCAGGAGGCUGAGAAGUAUGUGGAGAACAUGUUCAGAGCUUUUGAUAAGAAUGGGGAUAACACCAUUGACUUCCUAGAAUAUGUGGCUGCCUUAAAUCUUGUUUUACGCGGAAAGCUGGAACACAAAUUAAGAUGGACCUUCAAAAUAUAUGAUAAAGAUGGGAAUGGUUGUAUAGACAAACCUGAACUUUUAGAAAUAGUUGAGGCUAUUUACAAACUAAAAAAAAUGUGCCGGCCUGAAGAAGCAGCAGAUGCCCCCGGUCUCACUCCAGAGGAAGUUGUUGAGAGGAUAUUUCAAUUAGUGGAUGAAAAUGGCGAUGGGCAGUUGUCUCUGGAUGAAUUUAUCGAUGGAGCACGGAGAGACAAGUGGGUGAUGAAGAUGUUGCAUAUGGAUAUGAAUCCUGGAGGAUGGAUUGUUGCACAGAGGAGAAGUUCACUGUAG